AUGAAGUUACACGAAUUGAAACUAAAUGUAGUCCUAGUAAUUUGUAUCAUAUCUAUGAUUUGUGUGUCCAAAUCAGCCCCUAAUGAACCGAAAAGACGAAUCUCGUCGUUCAACGGGAGAAUAUUUAGAAACAGAAAAGAGAGAUCAAUAAAACUUAUGGAUGAUACAGAUGAUGUAGAAAAGAUGGACGAGUCAGAAACAAUGGACGAGGAACACACAGCAGAAGAAUAUGAAGAAGUUCCACUGAAUAAUCAAGAAGGGAAGGAGAACGAAGAAGUUAAGGAUAAAAAGGUUAAAGAGAAGAUAAUAGAAGAAUCGUUAGUUAGAAGAUUAAUAAGAAUGAUGAAAAUUAAGAAAAAAGAGCCAGUAGAAAAAGAUGAAGGAAAGGAUGAGAUAUCAGAACUUUGA